GCAGGACGGGCUCGGUGGCGGGCCCAACCCGCCCCGUGCUCUGAGGGGACGGCUGGGCGCCGCGUGCGUGGCUCUGUGGGCGGAGCGGCGACGGCGGCCACCGCGGGUACUCCGUCCCCCUUCACCAGCCAGUCUCUCCCGGCACGCACCAGCCUAAGGUGAACUGCUGGUGUCUGACAUUGCGCCGCGAGCGGUCGUGCCAACGUUCCGCCUCGCGCCGCUGAUGGGGAGCCGUGCGCCAGAGGUGAGCCCGAGCCGGCUGCGAGAACCUGCCCGUAUGCUGGCUGCUCGGGUCCGAUCAGCCUCUGCAGUUGCACGGUCAUUCUGUGGGUGACCGGCACGACAUUCUCUGCGGCGCACCGGCACCACACUCAGGGUGGCGUGAAGUUCGACGCGUGUGACGGCGGCGGUCCUGCCGCAGAGAAGUCGUGAAACUAGCCCGCUAUCCGGGGGUGUGAGGAGGCGCGUAGCCGCGACACUUUCAAGCGUCGCGCUUGUUCAUACUCAGAGAUCGGCUUUGAUAAUGCUAACAGCAGCAACGUCUAAUGAACUUGAGAACAAACACAAUGUGUGUGAAAAAGGAAGUGUAGCGGUCUCUCCACUUAAGCUUUAAAAGGUUGCAGCAAAGGAAUGCGAGACAAUGUCCUCAAUAAAAAGUGACAAUGCUGCUAGGGCUUUAGUCGAGGAAAGUGACACAGGCUCAGAGUCAGGCGAAAGCUGGUCGUCUGAAGAUGUGGAAAUCGGCAAAUUUCACGAGUUUCUUGAUGAACUCAAUUCUGAAAUCAAGGAAAUGGAACGAUCCGAGAAGGAAUUGGGUACAUUUAAUGACAACGAUGUAACGGAGCCCGGUCACUCGGUUCCAUCAUCCGAAACGGAACAAGGACUUUUGAUCGAACCUUCCGACAACCCUGGCAGGCCAACGAACGUGCAUCAUUUGAAGGAUGAAACGGGGACUCAGACGACGCCUUGGCACCGCGGGACUGUGCAUUACGGCCACAGCACGCUGAGACCGCAAGUGAAGGACAGUCCUGCACAGACGGACAUUGUUGGUGGGCCCGCGGUGCCGCCGCCGGCUGAAACCAGUCGACCGCCCACCGACCGACCGCCUCCCUUGGUGGCCAAGGUUUUCGGAAAGCGUGCGCGCGAAGAGGACCCUGCCGUCUCCGCUGUGGACGCAUGCUGUGAGCGCAUGUUCUGGGUGCUGGAAAACUUCAUCCAAGGCCGACUGCAAAAGACGACUGACGAACAGAGUGCGCGCGGCUGCCGCUGCCUCGAAGGCGAGACACGCUCGGCAAUGACCGAGGCCAAGCACUGGGUGGGCCGACUCAGCAUGCGUUUUGGCCUGUCGCUGCGUGAUCAGCUGAAGACGUGUCACAAGGCGAUCCAGCACACGCUGCUGGCGUGGCAGGCGGUCUUCCAGCGCGCUCAGCUAGUGCACUGUGAUAGAGGGGUGCAGUGCGCCCUGGCGCAGCUGGAGGGGAGCUCGCCCGUUCCGGCGGCCCCUCCUGCCGCUCAGCCGGCGCGUGGGCACGCCUCCGCAGCGGCCGCUCCUCGGCAGGCUGACCUCCGAACGCCCUGGGACCAAACGACCGGCUACCGCACGCUGAAAACCCUAUUUGAAGCUGCUUACGGAAGGCCGUUUUUGGAGCGGCUUUCCUCCAGGUCCGUCGACGAGUUGAUGCGCACGGGCGGACAACGGCUGGCUGCUAUGUUCACUGUCGUCUUCGGACACAAGAAGAGUCUGAACGACAGUAUAAACAAGCACCUGGCCGAGGCACAGCAGUGGUACGAAAUCUCCUCGGACGGGCUGCGCGCGGAGCUGCUUACCGGCUUUGGAGAGCACCUCGGACCCAUUGGUCAUGCGCAGCCAGAAUUUCUACCGUUGAAUCCUUUCCAAAUCGAAAUUAAUCACAGUCGCAAAAAUGAUCCUCUCAGCGAAUCUCCUCCCGCAAGCGUCGCUUCCGAGCGAAAUGUAAAGAGCAAAAAGCAGAAGAAGCGUAAUCGCAAGAGGGAAACGCAGGUAGCUACCGUGAAAUCACACCCCCUUCUACCCCAACCUAACCUUAACCCACCUGUAGACCUGGAUCUUCCACAUGGUGAAAUGGAGCAGGGCCCAAUGGACUGGGUCCCGAAUGUAGAAAUGAACGGUGGAUAUGUGGGUCCCAACGGCCCCCAUUAUGCUACAGACUUUGUUUCUACAAUGGAGCGAGGACCUGACAACUUUGGCUGUCCUCCAGAGUUCCGGCCUCCUGUGAGGAUGGCCGCUCCUCAAAUAAUGAAUAAUCGCACACUUCGGUGUAUUUACUGCGACUUUGGCUUUCCCCCUCCCUGCGAGCCCCCGGGCCACAAUGAUGGUGACGGCAUCGCUCGCUUGAACUGCGGCCACCCCGCUCAUCAGUCUCCAGAGAAUAUGCAGCCGCGGUUUCCUGGAAAUUUUGGUCACAAUCGUGGUGCGCACGGGUUCGGGCUGCGGCCGAAUCACCCUCCCCGGCCUGUCAUCCCCAGUAGCAAUCCUGCCAGACAGCUAACUCCUAGAAGCGAUGGUCCCACGCAUUUUUUCCAUCCCAUGAACAACCAUCCUCCCCGCUUUCCUUCGCAAGACGCCUUUCUUCCACCCAGGUUUGAGCGCCGGCACCCCGCAGCCAACUGGCCACCGCCGGCUGGGUCGCCGUUUGACACGACCCGCGCCCCGUACUACGGAGCCAGCUACCCGCCCGUUAGGACGCCCGGCAACUAUCUCUAACGAAUGCCUUUCGGCUAACUUUCAGGCCAAGUAGCCAGUGUAAGGAAGCUUGAACAACAAACAAUGAAGUUCGUUGCUGAUGUGACACGACCUGUUUGGAAGCUAUAGUUCGUUUUUUUUUUUGUUCAAAGGGACUCUGGCUCCAAGUUCAUUAUCGACGCUCUCACGUGAGUUUUGGCAGCUUCAGCGUCUGGCCAAGAAGUUCUUACCGAAAAAACAUUCGAUUUCAAAUUGUGCACGGUAAUUACCCGGAAAUUGAGUCUGAAAAAAUAGCACACCAUGACGACGUCACUGGUGGCAGCAGGCAUCCAAUGUCCGCAUAAUGGGACAAAGCGUCGACGAAUUUGGGGGAUACUUUGUUUUUCACUGUUGCCGAGGUUAUAACCGAGUAAGCGGUUCCGUCCAUGAUAGCUAUACGCUACAAUGCAAUACAAAAUUCGACAGCAUGACGUCACCACUGUUCUCAUAUCUGGUUCCAAAACGCACGUAUGGAAAUUAUCGGGAAUAAUUCACAUGUGAAAAUUAGUCGAUGUUCGAUUUUUUUUUUCAAAUUCAGUUUUUGCUCCUUUUGCUCGCUAAAACACGUGCUUAUUCGGAAAACAUACUUGGAGCCAGAGUCCUUUUGAAAAAACGAACUAUAAUAGCGUUGGUUGGCCUCACAUUUAUGGGAGAGAGCCUAGUCAACGUUCCAGCAAAGUUAAAUCGCGCUGGACUGCUAACUCUAGCUCUGAUAAAAAGCAUUCCCUUCAAUUUGCAUUUCGAUGUUAGUUUGUUGUGCAUAGCAUACUUGGCGAAUAGAUGUGGUAUCACUCACUCAGGUUUUCCAGAUCAGGGGUUGUGAUUUGUGAAGCUAUUUGUUGUGUGGCUGUGCUGUGUUACUGUUGACAUCUUAGAUGCGUAUAUUUUUAUAAACAUGUUUGUCAUUCGUCUCAAUUGUCUCUUUAGAUUUUUCUUUUUGCGAGCGAGAGAGCGAAGCGAAGCUUUUCGUAUUUUGAAUAAAGAAUUGCUGUACCGGGA